GCCGCAGCGGUCACGUGGCCCGCUCGACGCGCUCGGCGCUCGCGGGAGUUGGUGACGAUCGGCGCUCGGUUCCCCCGGCGGGCGGUGUGUGAGCGGAGGGACCCCCGGCCCGGCCGUGCCCCCCGCCGGCGCCAUGUCCACCGCCAUGAACUUCAGCAGUAAGAGCUUCAAACCGCGGCCGCCGGACAAGGGCGCCUUCCCGCUGGAUCACUUCGGGGAGUGCAGCGCCUUCAAGGAGCGGUUCAUGCAGUGUCUCCGCGACAGCGGCUACGAGAGCAGCGCCUGCCGGCAGCGCGCCAUGGCCUACCUGGAGUGCCGCAUGGAGAGGCAAGUGGGACCCCGGCGGCGGGGGGCUGAGGGGCGGCCGGGUGGCCCCCGGGGCGGGGAAGUGGCGGGGCUCCCUCUGCGGGGAGGGGAAGGGACCCGCGGUGGAGGCGUUCGUGCAGGAGGCUUGUGUCCGUGUGAGAAGCAGGCGUCGUUUGUGGCAUCAGCAGUUCCCUUUGGCUUACUUUUUUGGUGUGGUGUAGAUAUCCGGCCCGAAGGGUGGAAUAACUGCGGGACACGGCCAGCUUCCACUCUGCGCGACCAUCUUUCUCAGUGUCAAGAUUUUAGAUUUUUUUUUUUCCUGGCUAUGGUUACAAGUUAAACGAUUAACUUGUGCCUAGGUUCAACUGAAAAAAGUGUUGGUGGUUGGUUUCCCAGGAAUGUUUCCAUUCUUGCACAGGGAUUGCUUUGCAACGGUUCCUGUUCAGUGGUGAGCUGGGGAGCUCAUUGGGAAAUGCCUGAAGAGCGUUAUUAAGUGCACUUAAAUAAAAGGACGCCUGCAUACACGGCAUGGGCUGGUGGUGAGGAAGGCUGCAAAUCAAAACCAGUUUGAAAAUCAUUACAGCAAAGUAUAGUGGCACCACGAAUGCUGUUCUAAACCACAUUCACUUAAAAAUCUGGUGAAUGGCACAAGUAGAAUUUUAGGAAGCUCUUAUGCAGUCUGCUAAUAAAGGAUAACCAAGAGCCAGGUCAGUUUCUGAGGAAACUUAUUCAGUAUCUAAUAUCAGGAAACAACACAUUUAAUUGGAAAACUGCUGUUAAGAAGAAAAAAAAAGUAUCCCUGAAUGUUGCUUUCCCAAAACUGACGUUUCAGAGGCUUUGCCAAGCGGCACUCACCCUGCACGGACGUCUUGGAUUUCUUUAGAGUAAAUAAUACUAAAUGAAGUAGAAAAUACUGCUGUUCUCUUGGUUAUAGACUGUGUUCUGCAUAAUGUUUUUGUGUCGUUUUUAACUUAGGCAACUUAUGGCUAAUGAACCACUGGAAAAAUUGGGAUUUAAAGACCUGAUAGAUGAGAAAUCAGAAGCAAAACCUGAAAAGUUGUAAUGAAGAAAGACAACUUCACCCCUCAUGUAUGGAAAGCAUAACUCAUGUAGUACAUAUUGUACGUUCUGUCCAUAUUGCAAUAGGAGCUGUUUCCUGAAGGAACCUUUUUUCAAAGUUUAAUUUUCCUAAAAUAAGAUUAUAUUUUUAAAAUGAGCUAAAGUACUGCCUUUAUCUAGUUUCUGCAAGUAUUUCUUAACUUUUUUCUUUUAAUUUCUCUAGCCUGCUCUUAAAGAUCCAUAAGAACAUUUUGGCUGGGAGAAAACAAUUAUUGCCUGAAGUGUUCUCCAUGUCUCUGUAAGAACAGUGAAGUCUUAUUUUAAAAAGACAGAAAAACCCCACCUUUAUUGCAUAGAUUUUGAAGUAUAGAUUCAUCUUAUGUGGGCAUUACUAAUAUGCUUACAGCAGUUACUUGUCAGGUGGAAAUAAAGCUAUUGUGGUACUUGCAAAUUGUUUUUUAUUAAAUACUGGUAUUAAUCCCUAUCUUUGAGGUGAUCUCCUUCUCACCCUCCUGUAGAAAACACUUGGGUACCGUGGUACAGGUUUUUCAGUCUUUCAACAUUCAUCAUUGUUGGGAGAGUAUUUCUAGUUUCAGACACCAGUCAGGUAGUGAUUCUGCAUUCAUUUACCAUGCCAGCAGUGUUCACCUAACUUUAUUCCAUCAUUUAAUUGGGAGUCUUUCAUUGUGAAUAUAUUCAUUUCUCCAAGUAGAACUGCCACAUGCUUUUUUUUUUUUUAAUAUCUUUAUGGUGAAAUCAGUGUGGACGCAGAAAUGGUAUUUAUUUGUGUUCUAAGUAACUGUGAACUCUACAUAGAAAUGUGACUGGACAAUUUUAUUCUUUUAAAAACAAAUGUUUUAUGUUAAAAAACAGGGUAGAUCAAAAGUUAGCGAAGAAAUACAGUGUUUCACUCCAAAACACGUAGCUGCAGCACAUACAUUGAGAAGGUAAUGCAGCAGGCCAUACAGUAGGUGGGCAAUCAGGUCUGAGUGUGUUUUUAAGGUCCCUGACUGGUGUUUGUGUAACUUACCACGAAUUAUCAGAGCCAGUGGUAUUUCCCUCACCUAUACUAAUGCAAAUGAGUCUCUUGUAAUUAGCACUCAGUUCAAGCCAAAAUAAUUUGGCCUAUUAGCCCCUUAGAAAUAUGUUUUAAGGAGACAAUAAAUUUGUAAAUCCUCUGGAUGUAUUUUCUAUUUCCACUGUAUUUCCUGCCCUGUCCACUUUUUUAAACUUUUUUUCUUUUUUUUUUUCUUCUUUCUUUUAAACCCAGUGAGUCAUUCCUCUGUGUAUCUGGCUCUCAAACUGCAAGCUUUAGGGUCAGGGCCCGCAGAAGGUGAUACACACACUCUUUGCCAAGGCAGUUCUCCUACACUUUCUCCUUCAUUAGUGUCCUCUGAUAUAUCUCACCUUUCCUGCUGUCUGCUAUUAUUCCUUUUGCUUCAGCUUCUCUCUGCUGUGCAUCUGUUUGCUCACAGAUCCACGAAGGGGUAAAAGAACAUUUUCUGCUCUUCAUAUUGAUGGUUGGAGGUUGGAUUUAAAUUGUUGCUCGGGUCUAAUCUGAUUGAACGAACGGCAGAUAGUUCAGAGCGGGUCCCUGUUUGAAAAGAAUGUUCGCCUGCUGCUGUGGUUUUCUUUAUUCUACUUCAUUCUACUGUUUAAAUUAUAUCCUUUGGUGAGAUUAGUACAUUUAUAGAAGAGAAAGCAGAGAUUUUAUUGCUGAAAGAGAUAUUAAAAGACUUUAUAUUAAAC